AUGGCCUCCAUCAACCCAGUGCCUAAACUCUACAGAUCUGUAAUUGAAGAUGUAAUUGAAGGAGUACGGGAUCUAUUUGCUGAAGAAGGUAUAGAGGAACAAGUCUUAAAAGACUUGAAGCAGCUUUGGGAAACAAAGGUUUUGCAGUCUAAAGCAACAGAAGACUUCUUCAGAAAUAGCGUCCAUUCCCCUCUGUUCACCGUUCAUUUGCCACACAGCUUGCACCAAACAUUGCAGUCAUCAACAGCAUCAUUAGUUAUUCCUGCUGGUAGAACUCUUCCCAGUUUUACCGCAGCAGAACUGGGCACCUCAAACUCCAGGGCAAACUUUACUCUUCCUGGUUAUCCUAUUCAUGUACCAGCAGGUGUGACACUACAGACAGCAUCUGGUCACCUUUACAAAGUCAAUGUACCAAUUAUGAUGACACAGACUUCUGGAAGAGCAAGUAUUCUUCAGCAUCCAAUUCACCAAGUAAUUCAGCAGCUUGGGCCGCCUUCAGUAAUACAGACCAGUGUUCCACAACUGAACCCAUGUUCUCUUCAAGCAACUACUGAAAAAUCACAUAGAAUGGAAACUGUGCUCCAACAACCCACAAUUCUUCAUUCUGGGACAGUGGAUAGGAAACAUUUAGAAAAUACCACCAGUGAUAUACUUGUGCCUCCUGGAAAUGAGCAUAAAAUCAUGUCUGAAACUUUGUUGAGUCAGCCGGAAAGCUCUCAGUAUAUCAGUCUUCCAGGUGUUGUAUUUCCACCACAGCUCUUUCAAACAGAUUCUAAUGUGGAGCCAGUGUUCAGUGUUUCAGCUAGCAUGAUUCAAAAUCUGCAUGGCGGGCCCCUCUUCAAGGGCCCUCAGGGUGCUCGGGACCAGCACAUGUCUGAUAUUCAGCUUCAUGGUCUUAAAAGUAGGAUGUUUGGAUGUGAUUCUGUAAAGCAGCCAAGAAAUACAGAGGAGCCCAGCAGCCUACCUGUCUCAGAGAAGGAUUCUAAUUCUCAGACGGAUUUAAGCAUUCAGGUGACUGAUGACGAUAUUAAUGAAAUAAUUCAAAUAGAUGGAACUGGUGAUACACCUUCCAGUGAUGAAAUAGGAAGUACAAGAGAUGUAGAUGAGGACAAAUUUCUAGGGAUUAUUGAUGCAGGAGACCUGAAGGUACUUGAAGAAGAAGCUGACAGUACAUCAAAUGAAGAUUCAACUGCCAACAGUAGUGAUAAUGAAGACCCUCAAAUAGACAUUGUGGAAAAGAACCCUUUAAAUUCUGGAGAUGAUGUUAGUGAGCAGGAUAUGCCAGACCUGUUUGACACAGAUAAUGUAAUUGUCUGUCAGUAUGACAAGAUUCAUCGAAGCAAGAACAAAUGGAAAUUCUAUUUGAAAGAUGGUGUUAUGUGUUUUGGAGGGAGAGACUAUGUAUUUGCAAAAGCCAUUGGUGAUGCAGAGUGGUAA